AUGGGCGACGUCCUGAUCGAGAAUGCCACCAGCAGCAUUCAACCGUUGAAGAAGAACCACCCCUCGACCAUUCCCAGCAUCGAAAAUUUUGAGGGUGUGCCAACAGAAGGCGGCGAUGAUUAUGCGAAUCUGAAGCGGCUGCAGCGACAGCUUGAGUACAUCCAGUUGCAGGAGGAGUACAUCAAGGAUGAGCAGAGGAGUUUGAAGCGGGAGCUGGUUCGGGCACAAGAAGAAAUCAAACGCAUCCAGAGUGUGCCUCUAGUCAUCGGCCAGUUCAUGGAAGCAAUUGACCAGAACACCGGCAUCGUCCAGUCCAGCACCGGCUCAAACUACGUUGUCCGUAUUCUGUCGACGCUCGACCGCGAGCUCCUUAAACCUUCUUCUUCCGUCGCCCUACAUCGCCAUUCCAAUGCCCUCGUCGACAUUCUCCCGCCGGAGGCCGACUCCUCGAUUGCCAUGCUUGGCUCCGACGAAAAGCCGGACGUGACGUAUGCCGACGUUGGUGGCCUUGAUAUGCAAAAGCAGGAAAUCCGCGAAGCCGUUGAGCUGCCCUUGACACACUUUGACCUGUACAAGCAGAUCGGUAUCGACCCUCCACGCGGCGUGCUGCUGUAUGGGCCUCCCGGGACGGGCAAGACCAUGUUGGUCAAGGCGGUUGCCAACUCCACGACGGCCAACUUCAUUCGCGUGGUUGGAUCCGAAUUUGUGCAAAAGUACCUUGGUGAAGGUCCGCGCAUGGUGCGCGACGUGUUCAGGAUGGCACGCGAAAACGCACCAGCCAUCAUCUUCAUCGACGAGAUUGACGCGAUUGCGACGAAGCGUUUCGACGCCCAGACCGGUGCCGAUCGCGAGGUCCAACGUAUCCUACUUGAACUUCUCAACCAGAUGGACGGUUUCGACCAGACGGCCAACGUCAAGGUCAUCAUGGCCACCAACCGCGCCGACACCCUCGAUCCAGCGCUUCUCCGACCCGGCCGUCUCGACCGCAAGAUUGAGUUUCCCAGUCUACGUGACCGCCGCGAGCGCCGUCUCAUCUUCACCACGAUCGCGAGCAAAAUGAGCCUUGCUCCCGAGGUCGACCUCGACAGCCUCAUCGUGCGCAACGACCCUCUCAGCGGUGCCGUUAUUGCUGCCAUCAUGCAGGAGGCCGGGCUACGUGCCGUGCGCAAGAACCGGUACAACAUCAUCCAAGUCGAUCUGGAGGAUGCAUACAGCAGCCAGGUCAAGGGGACGAGUGAUGAGAACAAAUUUGAUUUUUACAAAUAG